CCUUUUUUAAUCGUGGAAGGACACUCGACGAACAACAACGAACUGCACCCACGACACACACGAUGGCUGGUGGCGAGGGCAAGUUCUCGUGCACGCAGGCAGCGCUGUCAGUGCUUGAAUAUGACACGCUCAAGACGGUGCACAUCAAGAGCAAGAAGGUCGGGUUGAUCUUCCGCAUCCUCCAGCUUGUCAUUCUCGGAUACAUCAUCGGCUACGCCAUCAUUUGGCAGAAAGGUUAUCAAGCCGCAGACCAAGCUGUGAGUACCGUGUACUCGAAGGUGAAAGGCGUUGCCGUCACCUGCAAUGACCUCAACGUCACCUCCAUCCGAAACUGCAGUGACAGCGACAUUCGCGUUUGGGACACGGCCGACUACGUGAUCCCGCCUCAAGAAUCCAAUGCGGCCUUCAUCGUCACCAACUCAGUGCAGACCAGUAACCAGACACAGCAACCAGGGGGCUGGCCUGAGGAUCCAGAUGCUAGCACCAAGGGCUCCCAGCGCGCAUACACUUGCGAAAAGAACGCAGACUGCGAGGCCGUCAGAUUCUCGCCAUCGCGCAACGGCGCCGUGUCCGGCAAAUGCGACCUGGCCACCAAACGAUGCAUGGUGUAUGGAUGGGGCCCCGUUGAGUUGUCGAAGGACGAUGAUGCAUCGCAGGUCCUCGGUUAUCCGCGACAAAUGCCGCAGGUGAAGAACUUUACCAUGUUUAUCAAGAACACCAUCUUCUUCCCACACUUUCAGCGCAAGUUUGGGAACACAGGUCUUGGCAACAGCAGCGCGUCGUACUUGAAGAGCUGUCUCUGGAAUGAGUCCACAGACCGCUACUGCCCCGUCUUCCGCAUCGAAGACAUCCUCAGCGCUGCAGGUGUGAAGAGCUUCGAGCAAGACGUGAUGAUGGCUGGCGCCGUGAUCACCGUCCAGAUCCGGUACGACUGCAACCUGGACAAGAACGUCGAGACGUGUGCACCAGAGUACCGCUUCACGCGUAUUGAUGAGCCAAACAACACCCUGUCCAACGGCUUCAACUUCCGGUUUGCACGUUACGCAAUUGGCGAAGUCCCAAGCCGUGAUCUCUACAAAGUUUACGGUUUGAGAUUUGUCUUCAUCGUCAGUGGAACCGCCGGCAAAUUCGACUUUGUUCCUCUUCUCGUCACCUUCGGUUCAGGUCUUGGCCUGCUCAGUCUCGCCACGAUUGUUGCUGAUCUGCUGGUAACCAAGUGCCUCAGGAACGCCGAGUUCUACUAUGACCGCAAGUAUGAGAUUGUGAACGAGGACGAGGUGGAAGGAGAAGCAAUCAACGUCACUAUCAGGCAAAAGCCGGAGGAGGAUACGCCCCUGCUGCACUGACGCCGCAACACGGCGCACCGCCUGCAGCUCAUCCGUUUUCCGCACCUUCCCUCUUGUCGUUGUCCCCGCUUCAUUUUCGCUUUUUCACCCUUCUCUCCCCCAAUGUUCAUACCCUCUUUCGAUGUCAACCCCAGCUUGCCUCGACUUGCUCAUCCUUAUCUUGGCGCAUGAUUGUUCAGAAAGCCCCACACGUUUACUUUUCCCUCAAACACUCAGCAGACACACAGCAAACACACAGACACACAUUACACGCACGCACGUAAGCACAACCAAUCACAAGCAAGCAAUGACGCCACGGCUGUUUGAUUUCCUUCACGUGUGCCAUUGCAUUGUUAUUCCCUCGCAUAAACACACCCGCACGCUUGCAUGUGCGCGUGUGCUCACAGAUCCGCGGCCACAUCCAUUCCAGGUGCACCCGUUGUUGCUUCCCGCUGUUGCAUGCGAGCCAUCAACCCACACACAACACGUGAGCGUCAGUGCAGACGAAUGCGAUGGACAGCUGUAAACAGAA